AUGCUUCUUGGUUUCCCUUCUGUUGGUAAAAGUACCUUAUUAACAAAUCUUGCUGGUGUUAAUAGUGAAGUUGGAGAUUAUGAAUUUACAACAUUAACAACUGUCCCUGGUCUUAUUAGAUAUAAAGGUGCCAGAAUACAACUAUUAGAUUUACCUGGAAUUAUUGAAGGAGCCAAAGAUGGUAAAGGUAGAGGUCGCCAGGUAAUUGCUGUUGCCCAUACAUGCUCAUUAAUUUUAAUCUGCCUCGAUGUCCUGAAACCUUUGGAUCAUAAAAAAAUUAUUGAAAAAGAAUUAGAAGGUUUUGGUAUACGCCUCAAUAAACAACCACCACAAAUUUAUUUUAAAAAAAAAGAAAAAGGUGGUUUAAAUUUAACUCAAACGGUACCACAAUCAGAGUUAGAUAAUGAUACUGUUAAAAAUAUUUUAGCUGAAUAUAAAAUUCAUAAUGCUGAUAUAACAUUAAAAUAUGAUGCAACAGCUGAAGAUUUAAUUGAUGUUAUUGAAGGAAAUCGUGUCUAUAUUCCAUGUAUUUAUGUUUUGAAUAAAAUUGAUCAAAUAACAAUUGAAGAACUUGAUAUUAUUAGAAAAGUACCACAUUGUGUUCCUAUAUCAGCUCAUGAAAAAUGGAAUUUUGAUGAAUUAUUAGCAAAAAUGUGGGAAUAUUUAAAACUUGUUAGAAUUUAUACCAAACCUAAAGGUCAAUUACCUGAUUUAAAUAAUCCAAUAGUUUUAUCAUCUAAUAGAAAAACUCUUGAACAUUUAUGUUUAAAAAUUCAUAAAUCAAUGGUUAAAGAUUUUAAAGUUGCCCUGGUUUGGGGAAUGUCUGUAAAAUAUCAACCACAAAGAGUUGGUAUUGAUCAUGUAUUGGCUGAUGAGGAUGUUGUACAGAUAAUAAAAAAAGUUUAA